GGAGAGGAGGAGGCGCGGACGCGGCCCCGGCGCUCCCCCCGGCCCAAGAUGGCGGCGGCACUGAGGGGCCGGGCCGGGGCCGCGGGGCUGUGGCGGCUCCAGAGCCGGCAGCGCAGCUCGUUCGACGUGGCCGUGGUGGGUGCGGGGAUCGUGGGGCUGGCCACAGCCCGGGAGCUCAUCCAGCGCCAUCCCUCGCUGGCCUUGGCAGUGCUGGAGAAGGAGCAGGAGCCGGCCCAUCACCAGAGUGGACACAACAGUGGUGUGAUCCACAGUGGGAUUUACUACACCCCUGGGUCCUUGAAGGCCAAGCUCUGUGUGCAGGGUGCAGCCCUCUGCUACAAAUACUGUGACCAGAAGGGAAUUCCCUACAAGCAGUGUGGGAAGCUGAUUGUGGCCGUGGAACAGGAUGAAAUUCCAAGGCUCAAAGCUCUGUAUGAGAGGGGGCUGCAGAACAACGUCCCAGGGCUGAAACUCAUUGGAGCCAAGGAAAUCCAGGAGAAGGAGCCCUUCUGCAGGGGACUGAUGGCCCUUGAUUCUCCCUACACUGGGAUUGUGGAUUACAAACAAGUGGCCCAGUCCUAUGCCAGAGACUUCCAGGAAGCAGGUGGGACAAUGUUGACUGAUUUUGAAGUCACAAACAUGGAGAUGGCCAAAGAAAGUUCUCCAGAAAGUGAAGAUGGACUGAAAUACCCAGUCAUUGUUAGGAACAAAAAGGGUGAGGAGAUCUCCUGUGGGCACAUUUUGACCUGUGCAGGGCUUCACUCCGACCGCCUGUCCGAGAUCAGUGGCUGCAGCCCCCAGCCCAGGAUUGUCCCAUUCCGGGGGGAUUAUUUGAUGCUAAAACCAGAAAAAUCUUACUUGGUGAAAGGAAAUAUUUAUCCAGUUCCCAACCCUCGUUUCCCAUUCCUGGGAUUCCAUUUCACACCCAGGAUGGAUGGCAGUGUCUGGCUUGGCCCUAAUGCAGUGCUGGCCUUUAAGAGAGAGGGCUACAAACUCUUGGACUUCAGCCCUGGAGACUUUUUAGAUGCUGUGACCUACAGUGGGCUGUGGAAGCUGGUGCUGAGGAACGUGUCCUAUGGCCUGGGGGAGCUGUACAGAGCCUUUUCCCUCAGCGCCCAGGUGAAGCAGCUGCAGAAGUUCAUCCCUGAGGUCACCACCAAUGAUGUUGUCAGGGGUCCCUCUGGAGUGAGAGCCCAGGCUCUGGACAGCGAGGGGAACUUGGUGGACGACUUUGUGUUCGAUGGAGGCACGGGGCCCGUGGGCAGCAGGAUCCUGCACGUCAGGAAUGCUCCCUCUCCCGCAGCCACCUCCUCCCUGGCCAUCGCCCGCGCCAUCGCCGACGAGGCGGAGCGGCGCUUCCAGCUCUGAGUCCUGGCAGCAAUUCAGGUUCUGCCCCUCCUGGAGGACAAGGAGCCACCGGGCAGCAGGGCUGGGCAGUGCCCAAGCUGCCCUGGCAGUGUUCACUGCCCACAGCUCCUCAAGUUGUGGGUGCACACGACUGGACUGGUGCCGUGCGGUGGCCACCUGAGCAGGAGCAGCCACGGGAGAGCAGGGAGAGCCUCUGUGCUGCGAUUAUCCACCUGGAUUUUCCCAUUCCUGUGCUCACAACGUUGCCUCAUCAGAGGGGUCUGAAAAGCCACGGGUGUGGGGUGGCUCUGUGUGUGCUCUGGUUGCAUUCCAUUUGGAGUCUGCUAUACUAGGUUACAGGGGACUAAUGGAAUAGAAGGAUAAGCCCUGCUUUAGGGCCCCGCUGAUAUGGAAUUAAAGGCUUUAUCAGAGAUUGAGAACAAUAUUCACAGCCUUCGACGUGAAUGUAGAGUAUUUCACAGGAAAAAAAGCUUAAAGAGGAUUACCAUACCCAAGUCAAUUUAGAUCUGCAAUUCAGAUACUCUGAUCACUGUCUGUAUUUAUUUAUGGAGCAGAAAUGAAAAUAUGGAUACAAACAAUCACUUUUCAUUUAAUUUACAGCUGGGAAAUCAUUGCUGAUCAGAAACUUCAUCAGUGGCUUUGGGUUUCUUUCAACCUUUGAAUGCUGGUAAUGCAAAAGGAGCUGAUCUUUGUCCAGCCAGUUGAGCAAUCCAGGGACAAUGGUCUUUGGAACAGGAAAUGUGAAGGGAGGGAAGCUGCAGAAACCUGCCUUGAGUCAUGUUUGAUAUUGCUUCCCUUGGAGCCCAAACAGGGAUGAGUCAAGAAGGUUUCCCAUUUCCCCUGAGCACAAGGGGAGCUCAGCCAGUGCUGGUGCCCCCUCUGAACUCCAUUGAUAUCGAGUUUUUAUCAGAGAUACACCUGCAGGAGUCUGUGUGGAGAGAAAUAUGAACUCAGUGUAGAGCUGAGGAUCUGGGAAUGUUCUGCAGAAUUGCUGCCAAGCAGAAUUUUGUGGCCUCAGGGCCAAAGUAUUGAGGAUUUUAUAGCAGAGACUCACAGGAUGUUGGGUAACACAGAUAAUUGUGGGGAGUUUGUACCAGUGAAUUGGACAUAGAUUUUUCCUUAACGAGUUCUUUUCUGAGCUCCUCUGAUGGGAGUGGGUUAGCACAGGAGGGCAGCUGUGAGCUGAUUUUACUGUACAGAUUGGAGACACUUUUUUUUGAGGGGAAAAAAAAAAGGCUUAACCUGCUGGGUGGUUGUUUUUGUUUGUUUGUUUGUUUUUAAUUUUUAUUUUUCCUUAUUUUUUUCUCCUGGUAAAAUCUACCUUUCCAGCAAAUUGACUGCUGGAAAUUCAAAUAACAACCUUUUCAGAGCAAAGUUUUGGUCACUUCAGGCAGAGAUUCAGCUGUUCCAAGUGUUCCAGUGCCACAGGGCUGUGUAAAACUUCCCACAGUGGAACAAUUCAAUCUUCCUUCCCUGCCAGAAGUGUUGCCUAUCAACAGUAAAUCUUACAAAAGGAUUGCAAAAGCCACUUCCUCCCACACGGGGUGUGGCCCUGACAUGUAUUAACAGAAUAAAAAACAUUAAAAUGCAAAGCAGACAGAGACCAGGGGGAGUCCUAAGUCAGCAUUUCCCUGUGCUGCCUGCUGUGCUUUUUCCUCUCAGGUGAUGAUUGUUUGGGGGUAAAGUUUAUUUGAAACUUAAAUUAUGAACCUUGAUGUAGCAUUCUGUGGAACAGAAAUCUUUUCAGAGAUAAAAGUUUUACACUUUUGUUAUAAAAAUAAAUUCAGAGAUUAUGAUAUCAGGGUUUCAGGUAUCAGUCUUCUAUUAAUUUAUUUUCCAGAUGAGCCUCAUAUGAUGAUUUCAUAAAUGUGCCUUUUAGGAUUAAAAUAGUGUGGUGGGUUUUCUUUUUUUAAAGCUGUGCAGUCUGUGUAUUUCUCCUGCCUCAGAGACAAGUUUCACUGGAAUUUGCUAAUUCUCAGCUGAAUUAGGCAGGGUAUCACUCUGUAUAACAGG